AUGGCACCUAAGGGUUGGAUCAACACCAACCUCAAACCCGGAAAGGGGCGAGCAACGCGUGCCGGGAUCAGGGACACCAAAGAGGAUAUUUAUCGCUUUCCUGAUCCUGGCUCUGACUCUGAGUUUGCACCCGAUCCUCAACCUCCAUCUGACGCCGAGGAAGAGUCGGACAAUGCUGGUCCCACCACCACUCAAACCGGCAGCUUUCGGGAUUAUCCAUGUGUCCCGUGCCUUAAACACAUGCUUAAGGUACCGUCGAACGGGCAUCCUGAGCCUUGCACUGACAGGACAGGCGGGAACUACGUAGCCUGUAAGUUCUGUGGUGACAAAAAUUUGGGAUGCGAAAGUCCCGCGCGCUAUGCCAAGAAGCACCUUAUAGAAUGGGACAAGGACGACCGUAGAGAAUUCAUUGAACGAUUCAUUAAGGUGGCAGCGAAACUGCAAGAUGCUGUCACGGACAACAAGAAAGGACUUCAGCAGUCAAACUGGAAGAAGGUGGUCAAGGAAGUACAGACAGAAGUCAACAAGGUGGAAACAGCAAAGGCGAAGCAAGAGGCUCACGAAGCGAAGAAGAAAUAUGAGGCUCUCCGUGAGGAAACCGACCAGAUCUGGGCUAGGCUGAAGGAAGUUGAGGAUUGGAUUGAAAAGAAGACCGAACUUUUUCUUUCCAAGGACGAAGAUGAUAACAUGUUCGUUCGGUUUAUGGCUUCUGCUAUUAUUCUUGAGAAGAAGGAUCGUAAGAAGUUCCAGGAGACGUUGGAUUAUAUUCGGGGGGUAGGUAACGACGGUACUACUGAUGAUGAUGCUGCGGGUGAGGAAGAGGAGGAGCAGCAGGAGUCGUCGGAGGAGGCAAGGGAAGAUGAAGAUGUCCACAUGGUGUCGGGUUAA